ACAUUCUAUAUAGUUUCAUAUCAUAUGUAAUGCUUAAUAAAGCAAAUGAAACUAAUGUAAUCUACUCUAUAGCUCACAUACAAAUUAAAUUAAUUGCAAUGUCAUCUAUUACCUUGCACCAUUAUGAUGGUUUGCUUCUAAUUACGUACAGACAUGUUGUGUGCUAUCUCAUAGCAAGUCCUUUUUUACAAUUAAUCUAGGUGUAAUAAUUAUCUUAGCACAUCACUUACUUUUAAUAAUGCCACCACUUGAUCAAGUUAAUGUCCAUCAUGACCUCACAACUCCAUAUAUAUAGAUGGUUUACGUGUGGUUCUAUAGCACAAGUACUUGUAGUUGUAGUUCCUAAGUAAGAAUAGUCAGCAGCUCAAACAUGUCAAACAACAAUCUUGAAACCACCAUUGCCUUGCAAUCUUUGAGAGCUCCAUUGGAUCCUUAUCCUAUAACCAAUGAAGAAAAGUUUCUAAAUGACAUGAGGGUGAGGUACCGUACUUAUUACUUGGAAUGCAAUGUUAACCAUGGUGCUGUCAAGCUUCCAAAAAUGUUUGCGGACGAUUUUGGAGAUGAGAUAGGUCGCAUUGCCAAUUUGGUUGAUGCCAAAGACAAUCAUUUCGAGGUUUUAGUUGACAAGAUUGAUGACAAUGUCUAUUUCACUCGUGGUUGGGCCUCCGUCAAGAAUUUUUACGACAUACGUACCGGAGCUUGGGUGGUACUUAUUUAUUCCGGAUACAGUUUGGAAUAUCUAUCCAUGAUAGGCUUCAAUGUCCAGUCAUAGUCCCCACCUUUGCACCUCCAAUGAGAUUGUUGAUUGAUAGAAUGCAUGUCCCUCCUUAUUUUGUUGAUGGUCUCUCUGAUAAGCUUGAUGAUCUCACUUAUACACAUGAUGAUCAUUUUUUUGACUUAUCAUGUGAAAAGACACUGAAUUACUUUGAUGUCUCUAGUGGUUAUUUGGUACAUUAUUCCUCAUGUUUUCUGCCUCACUUUUAAUUAUUCACUGUCUUAAUUCAAUAUCAGUUUGAUU